AGAGUCAACGCCACGUAUAUAACCCGAGGGGAACGGCCUCUGACUACCGGCCGGAAGAGUCCGUUCGUUUUUUGCUCUGUUGCUGCCGCGGUAGCUGGCGCGUCCGUCGAUCGUCCCUUAUCCCGUCGUCGCCGCCGCGGCCGACGCUGGCGGCCAUGCAGCUGCACGCGCGCCGGCGGCACGCCGUGGCGCGGUGCCGCUUGCUGAUCGCCGCCGCCGCCGUCGCCAUGUCGCUCGCCGCGGUCCUCUGCUUCAGCCGCGUCGACCCCGCCGGCGUGCUCGCCGCGCCCGCGCGCGCGCUCCAGCUCGUGCCGCCCCGCCGGCUGCACGUCCGCCUCGGCGCCGUCAAAGGGACUACUGCGACCGCCACGCCCGCAGCCGGCCGGAAGUCGAGGCCGCCGCCGUUGGAUACUGAGGCCGUGCUGCUGCCGGACUGGGAGGUGCUCGUCCUGCUCCGCCCCGGCGCCCACGACGACGGUGGGAACGCGACGUGCGCGUUCGGCCGCGGAGCGUCGUCCCCGGCGCGCGCGCUCGGGAAGCUGCCGGCGUCCGGACGCCGCGCGUACCUCUGCGUCGUGCCCGUGCCGGCGCGCAGGCAGAGGCGGCUCCGCGCGCCACGGCUCGUGAUCUCGUCGUCGUCGUCGUCGUCGAAGGUUAGUACCGCCACCAGUGGUGGCAAAUCCCCCGAGAUUCUGAGGUGGAGCAGCCGGCUGGUGUACGAGUCCGCGGUGGUCCACGGCGGCGACGUGCUCGUCUUCGGCAAGGGAGUCAACCCGCGGCAAGGCGUGAACCGCGCGGCCUCUGAUAUCCGGUGCGUGUACUACCGCCGCGGGGGUGCCGGCGCCGGUGACGCCGUCGUGGCCUCGCUCCCCGCGGCCACGUCGGCGCAGCAGGUCUUCCGGUGCCCGCCUCCGCCGUCGACCGCCGCAUCGCAGGAGCUCCGCGUCACGCUCGCCGCCGCCGGCGAGGAUCCCCUCCCGUCCCUGGCCGUCUACAGCCCGCCGCGCUCUGGCUCGUCAUCGACGCCGGCGCCGGAGAGGAAGCUGAUCUGCGCCUGCACCAUGGUCCGCGACGUGGCCAAGUUCCUGCCGGAGUGGGUGGUGUACCACGCGGCCAUAGGCGUGGACCGGUUCUACCUCUACGACAACGGGAGCGAGGACGACCUGGCAGACCAGGUCCACCAGCUCAAUUCAGCCGGGUACAACAUCACCACCGUGACAUGGCCGUGGGCCAAGGCCCAGGAGGCCGGGUUCUCCCACGGCGCCGCAGCGCUCCGAGAUUGGUGCGAGUGGGUGGCCUUCGUCGACGUCGACGAGUUCAUCUUCUCCCCGAGAUGGAACCAGUCGGAGGCCCCCACCGAAUCCAUGCUCCGGUCGAUCGUAUCAUCGGUCGAGCCGGACGUGGGCCGGGUGUCGAUGAGGUGCGCCGAUUUUGGACCUUCCGGUCAUAGCGCGAACCCGAAAGAAGGGGUCACCCAAGGCUACACGUGCCGGAGGCGAGCCGAGGAGCGGCACAAGUCGUUGCUCCGGCUCGACGCGGCGGACGACACGCUGCUCAACUCGAUCCAUCACUUCACGCUCCGGCCCGGGUUCCGGGUCGAGUGGAGCAAGCGGGUCCGCGUGAACCACUACAAGUACCAAGCUUGGGAGGAGUUCAAGGUCAAGUUCAGGCGCCGGGUGUCGACGUACGUGGCGGACUGGACCGACCCGGUGAACCUUCAGUCCAAGGACCGGACCCCCGGCCUCGGUUUCGAGGCGGUCGAGCCGGUCGGCUGGACGAAGAAGUUUUGCGAGGUGAACGACACUCUGCUCCACGACGCGACCCGAAGAUGGUUCGGCGUUGGGUUCGGGAACAAUCUCACUACUGUAGGACACAGCAGCAGCUCAUCGUAGCUGAUGCAUUGCAGUGUACAAACCAAAGAAGAUUAGGAUACAGCAACACUGAUUCUUUCAAGACAUAAUUGUAUAAACAUUGUUGGGUUAGGAACUAUAGGGCACGGUCCCUUUCUUGUACAAAAGGUUGCUUGGUUUUGAACAUAUAUAGUAUAUUCUGUUGA